UAGGCGCUCUGGCUGCUCCCUAGAGCGCAGGGGAGUUGGCGACUUAGUGGCCAUGGCGCGCGCUCUGGCGGAUCUAGCAGUGGAUUUGCAGGUGCCCCGAGUCGUCCCUUGCCCCGAUUCGGACUCGGAUACAGACUCGGAGGAUCCGAGUCUCCGGCGCAGUGCGGGUGGUUUGCACCGAUCACAGGUCAUCCACAGCGGACACUUCAUGGUGUCCUCGCCUCAUAGCGACUCGCUGACCCGGCGACGCGACCAGGAGGGGUCCAUGGGGGUCACCGACUUCGGGCCACGCAGCAUCGAUCCGACACUCACCCGGCUCUUCGAGUGCUUGAGCCUGGCUUACAGCGGCAAGCUGGUUUCUCCCAAGUGGAAGAACUUCAAAGGCCUCAAAUUGCUGUGCCGGGACAAGAUCCGCCUCAACAAUGCCAUCUGGAGGGCCUGGUACAUUCAGUAUGUGCAGCGGAGGAAGAGCCCAGUGUGUGGCUUUGUGACCCCUCUGCAGGGGUCUGAAGCAGAUGAGCACCGGAAACCUGAGGCUGUCGUCCUGGAGGGGAAUUACUGGAAGAGGCGCAUCGAGGUGGUGAUGCGCGAAUACCACAAGUGGAGAAUCUACUACAAGAAGCGGCUCCGUAAGUCCAGCAGGGAAGGGGAUCUCCUGGCUCCCAAGCAGGUGGAAGGUGGGUGGCCGCCACCAGAGCGAUGGUGCGAACAGCUCUUCUCCAGCGUGGUGCCCGUGCUGCUUGGAGGCUCCGAGGAGGAGCCCGGGGCUCGACAGCUUCUGGACCUCGACUGCUUCUUGUCCGAUAUAUCCGACACGCUCUUCACCAUGACACAGCCCAGCCCCUCGUCCCUGCAGCUGCCCCCAGAAGAUGCUUAUGUUGGCAAUGCUGACAUGAUCCAGCCAGACCUGACGCCACUGCAGCCCAGCCUGGAUGACUUCAUGGAGAUAUCAGGUGGGACAGGCCCUUCAUCAGGAGGAAGGACAGACCGAAAGGAUUUCUUCACCAAUUACCGCCCCCCGCAGCCGCCCACAUCCUCAAACUUCCUGGAGCCCCCCAGCUUUGGCCCCAUGGCUGACUCCCUCUUCAGCAGUGGAAUCCUGUGCCCAGAGAUGCCACCUUCAGCCUCUGCUUCCUCCUCCUCGGGGAUGACCCCUCUCUCAGGGACUACCCGCCUACAGGCUCGGAACAGCUGCCCUGGACCCUUGGACCCCAGUACCUUUAUGAGUUCUGACUUCCUUCUUCCUGAAGACCCAAAGACCAAGAUCCCACCUACUGCUAUGCCUCCUCCUCCUCUCCUUCCAUACCCCACCCCUGUCAAGGCGCAGGGCUUAGAGCCCUGCACCCCAGCUCACUUCCCUACAAUGGCUCCACCUCCCACUUUGUUGCCAGAAGAGCCCCUCUUCUCCGCCAGGUUGCCCUUCACCACAGUCCCGCCUGCUCCAGGAGUGCCUACUCUUCCUGCUCCUACCACUUUCGUUCCCACGCCACAGCCUGGCCCUAGCCCUGGCCCCGCCCCUUUCCCUGUAGACCAUCUGCCCCCUGGGUACCCAGAGCCUGUCUUUAGGCCUCACUUCACCAUGCCUCAGGAUAUGCAGCCCAGAUGCAAGCCCUCCACCCCGUCCCCAGGCGGACGGAAAGCCAGUCCCCCUACCUUGGCCCCUACGACUGCCAGCCCCACCGCCACUGCCAGAGACAACAACCCCUGCCUUACACAGCUUCUCAGGGCAGCCAAGCCUGAGCAAGCACUGGAACCUCCAGCUGUGCCCAGCACCCUCCUCCGGCCCCCAGAGUCUCCGGUAAGAUGGUGGGCACUGGGAUGUAAGGGCCAGGCUAGGGCCUUUACCCCAACUCUCUGCCCUUCUCCAUCCCAGCAGGAUACAGUCUCUGAAUUCCCCCGUGCCCGUGCCUUCUUUCCCCCAAUCCCGGCCCCUACACCACCUCAGCCACCUCCAGGCCCAGCCACAUUGGCCCCUCCCAGGUCCCUGAUUGUCCCCAAAGCAGAGCGGCUCUCACCCCCAGCACCCAGCGGCAGUGAGCGGCGAUUAUCAGGGGAUCUCAACUCCAUACCACCCCCAGGGGCACUGAGUGUCCACCUGUCUCCCCCUCAACCUGUCCUAAACCGGGGUCGCGUAGACAACAACAAGAUGGAGAACCGGCGCAUCACACACAUCUCUGCCGAGCAGAAGAGGCGUUUCAAUAUCAAGCUAGGAUUUGACACCCUCCACGGACUUGUGAGCACGCUCAGUGCCCAGCCCAGUCUCAAGGUGAGCAAAGCAACAACACUGCAGAAGACUGCCGAAUACAUCCUGAUGCUGCAGCAGGAACGGGCAGCCAUGCAGGAGGAGGCGCAGCAGCUGCGGGAUGAGAUAGAGGAGCUCAAUGCCGCCAUCAACUUGUGCCAGCAGCAGCUCCCAGCCACUGGGGUGCCCAUCACACAUCAGCGCUUUGACCAGAUGCGCGACAUGUUUGAUGACUAUGUCCGGACCCGCACACUGCACAACUGGAAGUUCUGGGUAUUCAGCAUCCUCAUCCGGCCUUUGUUUGAGUCCUUCAAUGGGAUGGUGUCUACCACAAGUUUGCACAGCCUCCGCCAGACCUCACUGGCUUGGCUAGACCAAUACUGUUCUCUGCCUGCUCUCCGACCAACUGUCCUGAAUUCCCUUCGCCAGCUCAGCACAUCUACCAGCAUCCUGACCGAUCCGAGCCGUGUGCCUGAACAAGCCACACGGGCAGUCACUGAGGGUACCCUGGGCAGACCAUUCUAAUCCUGGUGAAAGUUUCCAAGUCCCAGGGCUAACUCGUGGGUACUCCCCUCUUGAUCCUGGCUAACUGCUUCCCUGAGAGUCUAGCAGGUUCCAGGGUUUACACUUACCACCUCCUGUGGAUGGAAAAGAACCCAGUUCCCAUCCCUGCACUAUACGAAUGCUGUGCGUUCUGGUGACUCAUACUCCAUCUUUGGACCUCCAUCUAAUUGCAGAGGACCCCAAAGGCAUUAGCAGCUGUGACACUGGGGACCUAAGCCAGCCUCUCAGGGAGCUCUGCGGAGAGAUGAGGUCAACCUGUUUCCUCAUGACUCCCUGCUUUUGGACAAAGGGCAUCAGCCUUCCUUUGUUCCUGAGCAGGGAGGCAAAACGGGAGAUCCCCUCUCUUUGCCCCUGCACUGGUGACAUGGGGAGCUGUAGGGUGGCUUCCUGAGUGGUCACUGAGAUCUGAUGCCAGGAGCAAUCAGGGCAAGGGGCGACCGGAGCUGGGUAGGCAUCUUGCAUGUAUGUAGAUGUGUGUGUGCGUAUGUGGAUUUUAUAAAAAUAUUCUUGAACAAUAAAAGCAAAACUAUA